AUGAGCUCAAGUAACGUCACCGUGAAUGGUGUCUACUGUGGCGAUGGCGGCGGCGCCGACACCUACUUCGGCCUCCGUGUCGCCUCCGUCUUCAUCAUCAUGGCUACUUCCGCCGUCGGUGCGCUCUUCCCCGUACUCACUCGGAGGACGCAAUGGCUGAACGCCAUUGUGCCGACGUCCGUCUUUCAAACUGCCAAGUACUUUGGCAGUGGUGUUAUCAUUGCAACGGCAUUUAUUCAUCUCCUUUCUCCUGCCAUGGCCGAGCUGGGAUCGCCGUGCCUGGCCCCUGCGUGGCAGAACUACCCAUAUGCGCUUGGAAUUUCCCUUGUCAGCAUUUUCGCGAUCUUCAUCGUAGAACUGGUCGCCUUCCGCUGGGGCACUGCGAAGCUCGCUAAGCUCGGCCUAAGACACGAUCCACACGGCCAUAAUAUUGGCGCACAGGGCGCCCACGCUGCCCAUGGACCUGAGGGCAUAGUUGGCGGUGAGGCCAUAAGCUCAGGCGGAGCAGAGAAAUUCGUCGACGACGAGUCGGAGAAGGAUACUCGCACGAAAAGUUCCCGUGAUGUCGAGGCGCAGCCGUCGAGUACACUCUCUGUCUCCGACUCCGCUCUUGCUCAGAUAAUUGGGGUCGCUAUUCUUGAGUUCGGCGUGUUGCUGCACAGUAUCUUUAUCGGCAUGACUCUGGCGGUCGAUCCCAGCUUCAAGAUUUUGUUCGUUGUAAUCGUCUUCCAUCAAAUGUUCGAAGGUCUUGGUAUCGGUUCCCGACUGGCCUUCAUGCAACUACCGUCGCACUAUACUUACGUCCCAAUUCUCGGGGCAUGCCUGUACGCUAUCACUACUCCCAUCGGCAUCGCAACCGGGCUGGGUAUACGUACGACGUACAACCCGAACUCGGCCACAGCGAGCAUCGUGAGCGGGGUGCUCGACGCGUUCAGCAGCGGAAUCCUCAUCUACACCGGGCUCGUCGAGCUCAUGGCGCACGAAUUCGUGUUUAACCGCGAGAUGAUCGAAGGCUCGAACCGGAAGCUCGCUUGGGCGCUCGGGUGCAUGGUGCUCGGCGCGGGCCUCAUGGCGCUCCUUGGCCGGUGGGCGUGA